UGUGACUCGCGUACCAGAGCAGUCAGUCAGUGACAGCCCAAGCUUGUCUAGAGACAACCAAGUGAGAGGGACAUUAAGCAACUACGCGAAGGAUCCGACGCCGAAACUUUGACUUGUAUCUGAGGAAGUUUUGCCACGUGUAGAAUAAACGCAAGCAUGAAGUCCAUGUACCACCAGCUGUUAAGUCUUCUCUUCGUUCUCGGCAGCCUGCAGAUCAACCAGUUGACAGAGGCUUGCUCGUGCGCACUGUCGCACCCACAAGAGGCGUACUGCAACUCUGAUAUAGUGAUCCGUGCCAAGGUUGUGGGCAAAAAGCUGUUGAAGGAUGGGCCCUUCGGUACCAUGAGAUACACCAUUAAACAAAUGAAGAUGUACAAAGGCUUUGAGAAAAUGCAACACGUCCAGCACAUCUACACCGAUGCUUCAGAGAGCCUCUGCGGAGUGAAGUUUGACAUCAACAAAUACCAGUACCUGAUCACAGGCCGCGUCUUUGAUGGAAAGGUCUACACCGGCCUGUGCAACUUCAACGAGCGUUGGGAGCGCCUCUCCCUGGCCCAGAAGAAGGGCAUCAACCACCGCUAUCAGCUGGGCUGCAACUGCAGGAUUAAACCCUGUCACUACCUGCCAUGCUUUGUGACCUCAAAGAACGAGUGCCUGUGGACUGACAUGCUGUCCCACUUCGGCUACCCCGGCUACCAGUCGAGACACUACUCCUGCAUUCAGCAGAAGGAAGGCUACUGCAGCUGGUAUCGGGGGAUGACCACACGCGACAACACCACCGACCCUUAAAACCUGUAACCCCCACGCCGCCGAAAUUCACCCCCUUCUUCCAACCCUACCUGCCAUCCCAUUCCACUCUCUGACCCUCAUUUUCCCAACAUACUCACCACAACCACCACCACCACCACCACCACCAAUAGAGCGAUUGAUGUAUGUGGGACUUAACUCUUGAUCCAAGUAAGCAGUGCCUGAUAUCUGCAGUAGUAGCAGUUUUGAUAUAGACCGUACCCUUUACCUGACACACUGUACAUUUCCAACUUGCCUAAAUCCCUCAAUCUGCAUGCUUCUGUGAUCCGCACCCCCCAACACUCACACAAACACUCACACAGUUUUGGGAAGAUAACAUCCCUUGACACUCCCCCCUUAAGAAAGAAAGGAGUAUACUUUGAGAGGUUUGAAGGUCUUUCUUCAUAAUGGAAAUAUGUCUCAGAACGUAUAUGUAAUGUUAUGUAAAAAACACAUACAUUAGGUUAAAGGGUAAUCCAUAGCCUUACAAAAGCAUACAAAGGACAGGAGAGACUUCUGACAUCAUGUAUAUCUUCCUAAGUGAGUCCCAAUAACGCAUCGUCACUAUUGAGAGAGCAGUGUUAAUGGUGAGGUAGGAUUGUAAGACCCAUGCCUCAUCAAUAUGUCAAAAAAAUAUUUUUGUUUCAAUCAGAUGUAUUGAUAUUUAAUUGUAUUGAAUGAUAUAAGUUUAUAUGUACGUAUAGACAUGUGUGCAUCUGUUCAGUGUAUUAUGUAAAGUAUUUAUGAUUUAUGAAAUUCUGCCACCCUUUUUGUGCUGUAGAGUUCAGCAAUUUAUCCAUAACCAAAUCCACAGAAAAUUGUAUAUCUACUCAUUAUCAAUAAUAUUCAAUUGAGUUUCUAAUCCUCCAAACUGCAAACAGAACACAUGGCAGUCAGAUUAAACUUUAUAGCACAAAUAGAGGGAAUUAUAUAUAUAUAUAUAUUCAAAUUACAAAGACAUUGUUGCAAUAUACUUUUAUUGCUGUUUAUGAUAUAAGCUACAAAAAAAUAUUGAAUGCUGCCAUGCUUGAAACUUUCCUGUAAAGCUUAUAUUUCCCAAAUUGAACAUAUGAGAAAACAAUGACUCCAUUAUGCCAAUACAUGGUUUUAGUAAAAAAAAAAGUAAAACUAUUUUUUAACAAACUCCUCCGUACAUAUCUGAAUGUGUCUUAACAGGCUGAAAGCAGACGUGAUAUCAUGCAGUGAUAAAAUGUCCUUAAAAUGACACCAACAGAAGCACUGCUUUUACUCCUAGCUCAUGUUUUGACCUGCUGAUUCCUCCAGCGAACAUUCUGUUUAUGUUAUGAUCAACAGAUAGAGCAAUCGGACGUUUUAAACCAGGUGAACGAAUGCAUGGCUCCAGUCAGAAACCAAAUUCCCCAUGCACUGAAUCUAACACAAAAAGUGUCAGUGUUGACUUCUAUUAUGUUCAGUUUGUGGAAAGUGGUAUUGAAUUAUUAUUAAUGUAUAUGUGAAAACCAUGCCCUGUGACACACACACACACACACACACACACAAAAAGACUGAAUAAGACAAAUGCCCACAACUGAAUCGUAGAGGAUACCUGCAAUUUUUAAUUUCAGCAACAACUGAUUGCCAUGUCUGUAUUUUUGUAUUAGUUUUCAGUGGUGGUACUUCUGUAUUUCAUACAUUCUGCUUUGGUACUACCAUGAGGUUUUUUUUUUUUUCAGUUCUUCUGAUAAUAAUCCACAAAACAGUCAUUUCUUCAAUAGCAUUAAAUCAUGUCAAAAACACUCAAAUCACUGAACAUAACUGGCCUCACAAUUUGAGAGGUUUUUGACAGCAUCUUCAGUCCAUUCCCUUGCAAGAGACUGAGAUUUCUUAGGACGAGAGAUGACCAGACUGCUUUUUUACAGCACCGAUGCUGCCACACCCAUUCACAGUGUUGAGUGGCUCUGAAUGUCCCGACAAACAUUCAGUCUUAACAGACCUGCCAGGCAAUUUAGUGUUGACCUCUCCCUUGAGAAGAUGUGCGUAACUGCCCUGUCAGAUCCAGCUGACAGUCACUGAUAGCUUCUUCAAGAUCUGGAAGAAGUUUAGACAGACUCCAGACCAUAAGUGCAGCAGCUGGGCUUUGAUACAAAUGGCCUCAUUUCCCACAACGUGAUAACGAUAAGUCAAAAAACACUCCAACAAGGCCUCCAUAUUUAGAACCACCACCAUUUCAACUGUGCCUGUGCGCACACAUGCUGAUUGAUGAGCAUUGCACAUACACACACACACACACACAGACACACACACGCACACAUUUGGUCCAGGCCUACUCUCCAAGGAUACUAGGGGUGUUUGUUCCAGUGACACUGUAAUCAGCCAUCUGGUUGUAGAUUAAAGCAUCUUUGCUCUCGUCUAGACACUAGCAUCUGUUCCUCUCUCGUCCUGUGUAGUGGUUUCAUCUAAAGACCAUCUGAAGUGAGACCACUUCACAAGAAAAUGAAGUAUCUCAGUCUCUUGUUUUGUUUUCUUUAUCAUGUUGUUUCUUGCUUUUGUUUUUGUUUGUUUGUUUGUUUGUUAUUUUUUAUUUUAUUUCAUCUUUGUGUAAAUAUACUGCUUAACAGAAGAAUGCACCCUGGUGAAGGUAAAACUGUCUGGGAUUGUUUUGGAAAAAGAAACAGUGAGUAUAUCAAUGGGAAUCGCUUAUGUAUAGUGCAGUGAGAGUAAAACACACUGAUUCCUAAAGAAACAACAGAUGUCGUGUAGGCUUACAGAUUGUUUUACUUUUAAUUUCUGUGUUUUAUAUUUUUAUAAUAAAGAUUUAAUUAAAAAUG